CAAAAUUUUUCAUUCGAACGACAGGUGCAACAAAUAUAUGGGGUUGCGUUAUGGGGAAUUACUAUGGAAACCUAUAGAAUGCUCUACAGUUGACUAAUGGAAAUUGAACUUUGCUGCACGUACUUUGACGUUAAACGUCGAACUCAAAGGGUUAUUGAAACCAAUUUCUCGUCUAAUUAGCGACAAUUUACGGAUAAUUAAUUACGCCGAUGUGCACCAGUAGCGAUAAUAGUGUUAAAACAAGGAAUGAUACGUCGAAGAAGAAUGUGAUAUCCGCACAAAAUUUAUUUAUGAAACCAUUAUUGCGGUUGAAACAGCAAGAACAUAUUCUUGAAAAAGGAUUAAUUAGUGCAAUUAAAAAUAUGAAAAUAGACUCGAAUUUAUUACAAGAUAUCACGCACGAACAUACAGAGUUAUCCUUAAGAAGACACAACUAUUUAGAUACAAUGUACAAAAAUAUAGAAAAUAUUAUUUCCGAUUUGGAUUCUGUAAAAAAUAUCGUUAAAAAUCCGGAAGAAAUUAAGAAAUUAGAUGUAAACAUGUACAAAUCAAAAUUGUUAAAACUUUCGCAAAAUAUGCAGGAUUUCAAAAAAACUUAUCCCGUUCAAACUUUAAAAGAGGAAGGGGAUGCUUUAAAUGCUGAAUUUCAACAAUGUAACUUUAAUUUGGAUAAGUACGAGAAAAAUGCAACGCACACGCCAUUAUUGUGUAAAAUUAAAACGGAAAAUAAAAAGGAAAAAAUAGAAUUUAAAGACGUGGAUGAUUUUCAUGGCCUUGUUGCGAUAACAGGUCACACGGAAAAUUGGACAUUGGAUGAUCACUUGUUUUUUCUAAAAAUGAGAAAGAAAUGCAAAAGCAUUCCAACUCUAGUUACAAUGAUUCAAAAAAAGUGUCCAGAUUUAACAGCUGAAACUAUAGUGAAUCACGAGGCAUGGUACAAACAUUAUCAAGAUUUGCGUGAAAGACAAAAGAUGGCGGUGAAGGAAUGGCGUCAACAAAAAGAAUUAGAGAAAAAAACAAAUAUCGAUGAGAUUGGGAAAGAAAUCGAUUUCCACGAAGAGGAAGAUUUCCAAAAUGAAAUUGUUGAAGAGAAAACGAUAAAAGUUUUUAAAAAGACAAGAUCAAGUCAUUCGGAAACUAACAGCAGUGCAAGUUCGAAGAAUAAUAAUAACGAGAAGAAAGAAUUGAUCAAAAAGUGGAAAAUUGAGAAGGAAAAUAAACGUUUUAUGGAUGAAGAACAGAUGAAAAUGCAAAUGAAGUUGAAGAAAGAAAGGGAAGAAAAUAGAAGAAAGAAACGCCAAGAAAAGAUUCAAGAAUCUUUGGAAGAAUACAAAAAGAAAAAAUCAAUGGAGAAUACUUUGAAAGAAAUGAAUAAAGUUAACAAAGAGAAAUGUAAAUAUAACGCAACUUUAAUUAGAGCGUUUAGGGAGCAGGAUAAAGAAUAUACUGAGAAAAGGAAAAAUUUAAUUCUACGUUCAAAGAAGCCAAAGAAAAGCGACUUGAUGGAUGUAAAAAAGGUGGAACUCGUUGAAACGCGAAAUUAUUCGACAUUGUUAAAUAGUACGAAAGUUUGGAGGGAGAAAUGUAAAAUCGACGAUUCAAAAAAGUAUUCGAACGAAUUUCAAUAUAUCAAGGAUAUCCCAAAAAUGUGUAUCCGAUGGAGGAACGAAGAAUCGGAGGAUCUAAAAGUCUAAUAAGAAAUAUACCGAUUAAAAAAUGUAAAAGACAUUAGUAUAAAUGAUCGUACGUAUUAUCGUAUAUGCCUAAUUUAUUGUACUCGUAAAAGUUUUAUCAUUUUUAUGGGUAACACGCUAACGCGGCUCAAAGUACGUAUAAAUAUACAAUUUCUUUUCCACACGUGAAUUUUACAGAAUUUUCCUUUAAUUUUAAUUUUUUUCUAAAACAAUAUUCAACAAUAAUCAUGCGAUCAAACGCAAACUUAAAAAUUACCUAAUUCCCUGUAAUUUAAUCAAAAAUACAAUUAUUUUUUUUUCUUUUUUUUUUUUUUUUUUUUUUUUUUUUCUUCAAUUAAUCAAUGCUUGGAUAUACAGGUAUUGAAGAAAGAAGAGGAAAAUUAUUACAGCUAAAAAAUAUACGAUAUGUUUUACUCCUCCUUUCGUUUAUAGCUUCAAUAAAUUAAUUAAUCGAACAGAGCAUACUCUUAGAGCAGCAAAUAUUUAACACAAUUACUGCAUAAUAAUUUAUAUAUUAAUCGGUAUUAUAUUUGAAGGUAUUUUAUUUACAGUAAUUGUACUUACUUCCUGUUCGAAUAUUCCCAAACUCUUCGGAAUCACUCUUCCACUCUAGAGGCGAACGAA